CAAAGCGAUUCCUUGAAUAAAUUGUCAAAAUAAUAAAACAUGGUGGAUGUGUUACUUCGUAAUUGUUAAAGAAAAUAUAUGUUAAAAGAAAAGUAUUAUUUUAUUCGGAAGUAAACUCAUAAAUAAUUAAAUAAAUUCAUUCAUAACAUAACAUAAAUGAGGCACAUACGCUAAUUUAUAUUUUGGCUCAAUCACGACAGAAUUAUCGAUCGUGAGCCUGCAAUAUGUAUAAUGGAAUCGGUUUGCAAACCGCAAGAGGCUCCGGCACAAAUGGACAUGUUCAAAGAAAUUGGGCUUCUGUCAAACCCUUUAAAGAUAAGGUCAAAUAUAGAACUGACGAAGACAUAGCAAAACUUGAAGCCACAUCUAUUAGACAGCCCAAUAAAGGAAUUUUGGAUCAUGAAAGAAAAAGAAAAAUUGAGGUCAAGUGUACCGAAUUGGAAGAUCUUUUAGAAGAACAAGGAUUACCAAAAGCUGAUAUUAUUGUGAAAGUAAUGGAAUUCCGCACAAAGAUGACCAUGUUAGACGAUCCUGUUAGUUUACCACAAGAUGAAUUUGGUCGAGUAAUGUAA